AUGGCGACUUCCUGCCCCCUGGAGCUGAGGGGCCUCGGGAUGGGCCCCGGGGGCUGCUCAGUACCGCGGACAGCUCCCACCGCCGGCCUGGACAACGCCUCCUACCAGGCGCCGGAGGAAGAGGAAACCUGGUUCCGGAGCGGCGAGGAGGCGGGGAGCGGCCCCGGGAGAGGCGCCGCCCGGGCCAGGGCGCAGCGGGGAGACCUCUCGCCCAGGUCGGAGGAUGGGCCCCUGCCAGAGCCUGCUGGCCACUCUGUGGACUAUGGGUUCAUUUCGGCCUUGAUCUUCCUCGUGAGUGGGAUCGUGCUGGUGGUGAUCGCCUACACCAUCCCCCGGGAGCCCCGGGUGGACCCCGCCGCAGUGACGGCCCGGGAGAUGGAGAGGCUGGAGAUGUACUACGCGCGCCUGGGCUCCCACUUGGACAAGUGUAUCAUCGCAGGGCUGGGGCUGCUGACCUUGGGGGGCAUGCUGCUCUCCGUGCUGCUGCUGGUCUCCAUAUACAAAGGGGAGCUGUACCGGAGACGGACCUUCCCGGGCUCCCGGGGGCCAAGGAAAACCUACGGAUCUAUAAAUCUGAGAUUGAGACAACUCAAUGGCGAUGGGGGACAAGCCUUGGUAGAGAAUGAAGUCAUCCAGGUGACAGAGUCUACAGCAAUCAGCCAGGGGUCUUAG